CAAAGCUCAAGGAGACUUGCAGAGGGCUAACAGGAAAUAACAAUUCUCUUCUAAGUGCUGCAACUGAAAGCGUCUGAAAAUGUGCAAAGGAUUAGCUGCAUUACCUCAAACCUGUCUUGAAAGGGCCAAAGAGAUCAAGUCAAAGUUGGGAGUUUUGCUUCAGAAGCCUGAUAAUGCUAUCGAUCUCAUCAUCCCUUACCCGGAGAAGGUUGACAAGAAGCCGGAGAAACUGCAGAAGCCUUCUCCUGAAGAGGCUGCUCAGUGGCGUGAGAGUCUGGAACGAGUCCUGAACAACAGCUAUGGCCUGGCUGCUUUCCGCAGUUUCCUUCAGUCUGAGUUCAGUGAUGAAAACAUUGAGUUCUGGAUGGCCUGUGAGGACUUCAAGAAGUCAAAGAAUCCUAUGAAGAUGGCUGCCAAGGCCAAAAAGAUCUAUGAAGACUUCAUCCAGUCAGAGGGACCCCGAGAGGUGAACAUUGACCACUUCACCAAGGAUGUGACCCUGAGGAACCUGGUGGCUUUGUCACCUUCUACCUUUGACCUGGCUCAAAAGAGAAUUUAUGCCCUGAUGGAGAAAGACUCCUUUGGUCGUUUCCUCCGUUCUGACCAGUACCUGGAGCUUCUGGUCAACUAAGCCAAUUAAGAGUUCAGGAAGGUGGGGAGGUUUCAAACAGCAGCUGAUUUGUAAAAAUGAAGCCAAAUUCACAUAUUUGAUUCAAGCAAAUAUCUAUAAAGCACUCUUCCAUAGGACUGAGUAAAGAAUUAAGGUAUUCUCAAAAUUAGGUUUCAAAAUUUGGCUCUAGAUUUAUAUAAAAUUCCAAACUGCACCUUGAAACAGCCCCAUCUUUCCACAUAACAUGUUCAUGAAUUUCUAUCUGAACUAGAGAUUUUGAGGAAGUUGAUUUGACCUGUAACUGUUACAGUUUCCCCUUGUAUAUUCUUCAGAUAUAUCUGCUCAAUAUUCAAAGUAACUGAAACAGAAAAAAGGUUAGGAAUCAGGAACAGUUUCAUUUUUCAAUUUGCUCCUUUAAUUUGGGAUGAGAAAACAUCAGAAUACACUCUAAAAAAAGCAUCUGUUACAUUUGUCAAAAUAGAUGAGAUAUUUCAAAAGUUGCGUUGCCACAAAUUCAUCAAUUUUACCUUAGAACUUUAAGUUGAAAGACUUUCUGCACCAGUUGUUUGUAAACAUUUAUAAAAAAACAAAACGAUAAUGUCUUAAUCUUAUUAGGAAAUAAGUAAUUUAACAAAAAUGACUAUAUGCAUGCAAAUUGACAAACUUUAUUAUUUUCAUUCUUACUGACCAACAAAAUUCUUCUUAAUAGAUGAUGUCCAGUUGAAAUAGUCUUCAUGAGAAAAAUGCAUUAAAAGUUCUCGAAAACCAAAUGCAAGACUAGAUCAUGCUUCUGCGAUUAUAACAAGAAGACUCAGAAAACAUGUUACAUAUAUUUUAGUGUCUGGGAGAGAAAUGAGUCAUUUAUCUAUAAGAAGGACAUGCAAAGGUAGCUGUUGCAAGUCAAGGGCAAGAACAUUUAAAGUCCUUCGUCAUCAUAAUUUACUGAUAAGUAUGAAGCUGUAUCAGUGCACAAAUAUGGAUUUUCUUGUUUCUCCACAUAACCGUUUCACAUUUCCAUUAUUAGCACUCUUGGAUUAUUACCAAACCCACCUUUUAGUGGUAAUUCUUCCUGUAGGAGCAAUUCAUGAGAACAGUGCUGACGAGCUGGCUCAGUGGUGCAACCCUUAGGUUCCCACUAAAAUGCAAGUUGCUAAGAUGGGAAAACCAAGUAGGAGAGAAUCUCAAUUUUAUAAAUGGUAUAAACAGAGUUGUGGGUUUAUAUGAAGAAAGUUCUUUUAAUUUUCCCAUGUGAUAAAACUAAAGUUUCACUGCAAGUAUGCAUGUCAGGUCCGUAAAAGAUCCAGUUAUUAAAAACAUGGGAGAAGGAACUUAAAGGUUUGCAGCUCUUAAUAAUGGAAUGCCAUGUAGGCAAUUAUAUUUGCAAAUUCACUUAUUACAAGUUAACAAUAAGACUCAAAUGAAUAUCCACAGAAGAAACAUUAUCAAAAUAUGAAUCCUGUAGUUUUUCUUUUUCUUUUAUUUUUUACAAUUAUCUCCAUCAUACAGCAUUUAAACCACAAGAUAUACAGUUUUUAAGCCACAGAAAAUCAUAAAUCACCCAGGUACACUUGGUCAAGAUAAUCUGAUAUAAUGGAGAGGUUGUUGUAAGAGUGCAAUGUUUAAGUGUAAAGUGUUUUGCAAUGAGUUGAUUAUUGACAAAUGUAUUCAUCCUUAUGUGUGAUUAUAUGUACUCUUUUUUUUUCCUUUUAAAUUUAGAAAUCAUUAUAUUUUAACCACCACUGAAAACAAAUUUAUAUUUCACAUAUUAAGCAUUUUAAGCCCUUAACAUGCCAAUACAGCUUACUAAUUUCAGAUGGUAUAUUUUUAAAAAUAUUUUCAAGUCAUUAAUUACAUUUUAAACUUCCUACAUUCUGCACUAGAUGACAAGUCCAACAAUUAUCCAAACAUUUUGGACAGAAUUGACUACAGGGUCUACAGGGACACAGAUUGACCAGUCUGGUGUCAGAACCCUAGAACUACAAGCAGAGAAAUCCUUGGAAUAUCAUAAAAUAUAUAAUUUAAGGGCUUUCAUAAUGCUGAAUACAUGUAAUUUCAUGUAGCCUUGCAUGUAUGUUUUGUAGUGGAUCACAUAAAAUAUAUAUAAUGCAUACAAUUGUUGAAGAUGUAUUUAUUUAUAUUUGUAAAUAUCUAAGUUAUUCUAAAUACAACAAUGGAGUCAAUGAUUCUUUUCAUGGAGAGCUGCAGAGAGCUCUUAGGCUCUUUCUACUGUUAUAAAAACAAAAUUUGA